AUGGACCACAUCACCCACCUGUUCACGAGCGGUCCCUCGGCACUCUGGUCAACCCUCCAGGACACUCCACCUUCAAUCGUCGUCCCCCUCAUAACCAUCACUGCCGCCGUACCCAUCGUCCUCUUCUCGCUCUACCAAACCUACGCCGUCUCACCCGUCAUCCUGAUCCACAACAAGAGUCCCGUAUCAAUCACCAUCUACGACUCCAAGACCGAUACCACAAAACGCGAAGAUCUGGUCGAAUACAUCAAGAAGAAAUGCCCCUCGCUGUUUGGACCUGGAGCGGUGUUCAGACCUACACCCUGGUUGGCGAAUGGACAUUUACAGACUGCUUGUUCGGCGAUGAAAGGAUUUGAGGAUCUUUAUCAGAUUGACUAUCAUCGUGAGCUGCUAUCGACUCCCGACGGUGGAACGGUCUCAAUCGACUGGGCACCCUCCCUCGAACAACUUCCCGCAGACAGCACUCCCACCUUAGUCCUCCUCCAUGGAUUGACCGGCGGCAGUUACGAAUCCUACAUCCGCGCCCUCGUCGAUCACGUCACCAAGGUCUACGGUUACCGCUGUGUUGUUUUCAAUGCCCGUGGAUGUGCCAACACCCAGGUCACAUCGCCUCAGCUCUUUUCUGGUGGUUACACGGAGGAUAUCAGGAUGGUUGUCAAGCACUUGAGAAAGACGCUGCCAGAGUCCAAGAUGAUGGGUGUUGGGUUCAGUUUGGGAUCGAAUAUCUUGAUGAAUUACAUGGGCGAAGAGGGUGACCGGUGCGAAUUCUUGGCUGCUAUGUCUGUCGGCAAUCCCUUUGAUAUGCUCGGAUCAUGCCUGGCGAUUGAGCGCGGCUGGUUCACUCGGACGGUUUAUGCCCCAGCAAUGGGCGGCAACCUCAAAAAAGUCCUCCUCGACAACGCCGAAGCCUUCAAGAACAGCACCGUCAUCAACCUUGACACCGUUCGCUCCGAAGUCGUCCGUAUGCGCCAAUUCGACGACCAAGUCACCCGAAAAGUCUACGGCUAUGAAACUGUCUCCCAAUACUACCGUGCUGCAUCCUCCGCCACGCGGAUUUUGGCCAUCAAGAGACCGUUCUUGUGUUUGAACGCCCGGGAUGAUCCGAUUGCUGUCGAUGAGAUUUUGCCGAGGGAUGAGGUCCGCGUCAACCCGUAUGGAUUGAUGGCGACUACGGCGCAUGGCGGGCAUUUGGGAUGGUUUGAAGGGAUGAGUAACCCGACAAGGUGGUGCACCAAGCCGCUUGCAGAGUACUGUGCGGCUAUCUUUGAGGCUGAUCGGAGGCCAAUUUCUGAGACCCCUUCAACAGGUCGUUAUUUCGCUGAUAAAGAGUAA